AAAAUGUUCAAGAAACUUAAGGAUAAGAUCGCAGAAGAAGUGAAGCAAUCGCCCGCUAGAUGGGAACAGAUCUUAAAUACAGCACAGGCGGCUGUUAGUUCAGCAAGUUCUAGUUCAAAUUCUGAUGAAAAUGUCACAUCCAACACAAAUCAAAACAGCGAAUACUCGUCAUCAGCAAAUGAAAAUUUUUUCUCACUCAGCGAAGAUACACCCCAAAAUUCUCCAAUGAAAAUACCACUAAAUAGUUCGUCGACUCCAUCAAGUAGCAGUAAAACAGUCAGUGUAGAUUUAUACAGUCCAUCAUCGCAAAGUUCUACAAUUGUGAAUAACGGUAAUACAUCGCAGCAGCGAGCAAGACGAUUAUCUAAUUCAUCAGUAGCAAGUGAUGUCAGUUUUCGUUUACCACACUACGAUUCGCAGCCUGCACAUAAUCUUCAAUCAGAUUGGGAAUCAGCAAGUGAGGCUGAAGAUUCAAAUUUCGCGCCAUCAGUUGAUGCUCAACUUGAACAAAUUAGUAAAGAACACAUCUAUCAAGCGUACAGAAACUCACUAGAUAAAUAUCAAAAAUAUAGAGGUCGUUAUACGGAUAUUGUUAGGAGAUUUAGAGAACUCGAAAAGGACAAUGCUAAAGCACGGCAAGUUCUCGUCGAGACCCAAGAUAAAGCACUUCGUCGCAUUAGUGAGUUAAAGGAACAGUGUCAAUUAGAGCAACAAGCAAAAGCUCAUUUAGAAAGUGCAUUAAGAUUAGAAAUGGAUGAUAUGCAAUGUGUAGUUAAGACCCUUAAAACAAAAUUAGAAUUGCUUGGUGAAAAUCCCGAUAACAUUUUAAAUGGUUCCUCAUCGAAGGAAGAUAGCCUUAUAAAUUUCUCAAGCGAAGCAGACACGUCUAAUGAACAUAAUGAGCUUAUCAAAAGACUCGAAAUGGAAUUGAAUGAAUUAAAGCAAACUCAUACUGAUGAAAUCAGUAAGUAUGAGAGCACAAUAAAACAGCUGACUGAGCAGCUUGAAAGCUCAAUGAAGGAAAUAAGUUCAUUAAAAAUGUCUGAGGACGAGAAUAAUAUUACAAUGGCACAAAAUAAAAUGAUGAUUCAUUCUGAGUUGGAAAAUAAAGAAUCAGAGGUAAAAAAUUAUAAGGAAAUGAUAGCAACAAUGGAAGUUAAUGAGAAAGCACUAAGUGGUGAGCUUAAAGCAAUAAAAGAAAAGUUUAAAAAGCAAGCAAGUGAUUUUGAGACCAUUUCCAAAGAUAAAUUAAAGCUUGAAGAGCGUCUAAAAGAAGUGUUUGAAGAGAAAAAGACGGUAAAUAAUGAGCUGAAAGACAUGAAGGAUAAAAUUGAGAAAGUCAAUAACAAGUUUAAGGAACUAGCUGAUGACAAAGCAUCCCUUCAAAAUCAAAAUGAAAGUCUAAAUGUUGAGAUUAAGAAAUGUAAAGAUGACAUAAAUGAGCUACAAAGACAAAAGAUUUUAUUAAACGAGGAAAUUAAGAGCAUUAAAAUAAUUAGUGAAAGUACGGAAUCGGAAACGAUCAAUACACUGCAAGAAUCAAUGAGAAAAACUGUGGCUGAGUUGGAAACAAACUUGCAUAAGACGAAGGAUGAACUCAACAAAAUAAUUGAGGAUAAAUCAAUAGAAAUGUCGUCAUUAACAAGGAAGCACGAGGAAAUGAUAGAAAAGUAUGGUGAUAUUGAAAAAGAACGUGAUACUUGCAAGUCGAAAAUUGAUUCCUUGAAAAAUGAAAAACGUGACUUGGAAAAAACGUUGGAACGAGAAAUUCGAGAGAAAAAUGAACUUAAAGCUCAAGUCACAAACAUUCUACAGGAAAUUGGUCGUUUAGAAGAACAAUUAAAGGAAGUAAGGACAAGUCAUUCAAGCAUUCAAGCUGAAAAACAAAAGUUGGAAGAGAAAAUCGAAAAGAUUCAACGACAGCAUAAUGAUAGUAAAUCUAAAUUGGAAAAGGAUCAAAUACAUAAAUGGCAAAUUAAAGUUAAAGAACUUGAAUCAAAAUUGCAGGAAAUUCAAUGUGAGAAUUCUCAAUUAGCUGAAAAGAAUUGCUUAUUAGAAGAAAGCUCACAUCGUAAUUUCGAUGAAAUAAAAAGAUUACAAUCUAAUUUGUCAGAAAAUCAAGAAUCACUGCGCGAUGAACAUGAUAGACUAAUUAAUCAUUCAAGUAAAUUAGAGGAAGAGAUUCUCACACUUAAUGAUAGAAUUACUCAAUUAACUGGCGAUCAUGCACGAUUAUUUGACGAAAAGGAACAGCUUGAUCAUCAACAUCGAUCAUUACAAGAUGCAAAUGAAAAGAUUGAGAAAGAAAAAUUAUGUCUAAUGGAAGAUUUAAAGCUUGCUCAAGAGGAACUAACCGCAUGUAAAAAUGAAAAGUCAAACUUGACAGAAUGUUGUGAUAAUUUAAGGAUUGUCGUGAAUAACAUCAAAACGGAAAAUGAAGCAAUGAUUGUAACAAGAGAUGAACUUCAAAAGUCGUUUGAUAACAUGAAGGCAGAAAUGGAUAAAUUGAGUGGAUUCAAUAAGAAUUUAAGUGAGAAAAAUAAAUCACUAAAAAGUGAACUUGACACACUCAAUGCAAAGAAUCAAAACAGACUCGCAGAGUUGGAGAACAUGCUAAAAUUAACGAGUGAUGAGAAACAAUCACUUACUGAAUCAUUGCAUAAGAAUGCAACGGAUAUAGAAAAGAAAAUGAAAAAUUACGAAGAAAUUAAAAUUCAAAAUGAAUAUUUGCAGACAAUAGUCAAUCAACUCCAAACUGAUUUAAGCAAUUUAAAAGACGAGCUGGCGAGCAAGAAUGAACUAGCAAAGGAGAUAGACGAGAAAAAUGAUGAAAUUAAAAGUCUCAAGGAAAUGAGAGAAAAAUUAACAGCAAAUAUCCAAGCUGAAAAUAUUGAGUUGAGCACAAAAGUCAAUGAAUUGGAAAUCAAAUUAAAUUCACUAUCAGAUUAUGAUGGCAUGAAGGAACAGCUCUCAUCUCAUAUUACCGAAAAUAAUGAGUUGUCUGCAAAAUUGAAGGAAUUUGAAAUUAAGUUAUGCGAAUAUGAUAAAUUGGUAAUCGAGAUGGAUUCAUUGCGAAAUGAGAAGAAGGAAGUCGACAAUAAAUUUAAUUUGUUGGAAAAAGACUGUAAGGAAUUGGAAGUGAAGCGUGUAGCUAUAGAAAAUCACUGUAAAGAUGUUGAACAGAACUAUGCAGCACUCGAGAAUCGCUGCAAGGAAACAGAACUUAAGCAUGCAACAUUACAAAGUCAAUGUAAGGAAGCUAAAGACAAGCAUUUAGCAGCUGAAGAAAAACUUACAGACAUUCAAAAUGAGAUCCAAGAAGUCAAUAACAAGUUUAAUCAAGCCAAUGAAGAAAAAAGUAAGCUUGAAAAGGAAAUUGAGAGCAGCAGAAGCAUAAUUAGUGAUUUAAAUAAAGAUUUUAAUGAUAACUUGAAAGAGAUGGAAGCGCUACGAGAAGAAAAUGCAAAAUUGAUUGGGGAGGUCGAAAGUCAUAAUAUGAAAAUAUCCACAAUGGAUAAAGAACUAAAUACAGUCAAGAGUAUGAAAAUAUCCGAUAAAUAUGAAUCACUUCAAAUGGAAAAUUCCAAGCUUCUUGAAAAAUUAGAAAAUCUUGAAAAAACAAGCGAGAGACGAAUUUCAGAUAUGACACAAGAGAUUGAAGAGCUCCAAGAAAAUUCGCAACACUUUGCCCAAAUCAAUUCAGAAUUUAAUGAGCUAAAAGUCAAAUAUGAUCAACUAGUGAAAGAAAAAGCAAAUAAAAGCGAUGAUGAUUUAAUUGAAUCUAGUAAUAGCGAUGAGUUUUCAUCCAUCAAAGUUGAACGAGACGAACUUGCCGAUAAAUUAAAGAAAAUCAUGAUAGACGUUGAAGAUGUGUCAAAUAAGAAUCUAUUCCUGGAACAAAAGGUCGAAAAUUAUCUCAUACUUGAGCAAUCAAAUGAAAGAUUAAAACUAACGAAUGAGAAGCUGAUGAGGCAGCUUGAUGAAACUCUGGUCUCAAUGCAUCACAAUGAAGGAAUUCAAGCCAAUACGGAAUUUGAAUAUCUCAGAAACAUUUUGUUCCAAUAUCUUUCGGGUCACGUUAAUGCCAAUGGCACGACUUUGGUGAAAGUAAUUGCAGCUGUCUUAAAAUUUACUCCCCAGCAGACACAGCUUGUCAUUGAUAAAGAAGUACAUCGACACACUUUGCUUGGCCAAUUAAACAAUUUCCUAUAGCAAGAACUAUACGGAAUCAACUUAUCAUACUUUUAAAAAAAAAUACCUAAUUUAAUCAAAACGGAUCGCAUUAAAGCAAACUAGAUAAAUUUAAAGUAAGUAACUUAACAUUUAAGCUACAAAUAUGAUAACACAUUGUGCAUUGCAUCAUUAAUGAAUUUACAUACCUUAUGAGAUCAGAUCAGCCAGAUAAAAUUGCGCCAAAUUGGAUGACUUCUUUUUAUAGGAUACGCGUUAUAUACAUAUUGCAUUUUAUUAUAGUCCACAUUCUUACUUCAUUAUUCAGAAUUUAAAAUUGCAAAUUUAGUGUGACUUACUCUAUUAAUUUUUUACCGAGGGAUCAACAGUCUGUUAAUGAUGUGUAAAUAAAGCUUAUGUUGAAAUUAUUUGCAUUCUAGCUAGUUUCAAGAAAACAGCUAGUUUCCACGAUCAAAAUCUGUUGUGAGGUUCUGGUUUAACGGUUUUUU